AUGACGCUCUACUACACGAUUGUCUUUGCCCUUCUCAUGUUUGAGAUGGCACUCUUCCUGUUCUUCAUCAUUCCUCUGCCUCACAACCCCCGCCGCGUCAUCUUCACCAACGCGCACGCACAAGCACUAACCAAAGGAUGCAGCUUCAUCUCCGAGAACAAGGUUGUCGCGCAAAUCCAGUAUUGGCUCAAGAUCACCUUCAUCUUCAUCAUCGUCCUGUUCGUCGACUCGGUGAACCGCGUCUACCGCGUCCAGGUGGAGCUCCACGACACAAUGGAGAGAGCGGCCAAGAGCGGCGGAACGUAUGUUGCUUCCUUCCCCCAAAGGAAUCUUGGUUGUCAAAAGCUAACCUUGGCUUUGCCCAGCAGUGUCGUCCUCGGCCACGAGCGUACCGAAGUCCAGGCGCGCAAAUUUUAUGCCCAGCGCAACAUGUACCUCUGCGGCUUCACCCUCUUCCUCUCCCUGAUUCUCAACCGCACCUAUGUCAUGAUCAAGGACAUUAUCCGCCUCGAGGAGCGCAUCCGCGCCUACGACAGUGACAAGAACUUGACCGUCAAGCCCUCUGACGAGGUCACUGCGCUCAAGAAGCAGCUCGCCGCCAAGGACCAGGAUCUCCAGACCCUCAAGAAGCAGAGCGAGCAGCUGCACAAGAGCUACAACGAACUCAGUGACCAGUACGAAAGCAAUCAGGUCAAGGAGUCCAAGAAGGAGAAAUAA